AUGGGCUCCUCUGCAGAUCUUGAGCUCCGCAUGCUCCGCUUGGGAUCGAGCUGCACGAACUUUGCCGGGUGCACAGGUCCGGCUGUGGGUUUCGCAUGGUUUCGCUGGGAGCUGUGCGGUGUGCGGCGCCGUGGUAUUGGUAUGCCCGAGCUCACUGAGCUGCCAUGGGCUUCGGCUGCUCUUGUUUUAGGCCAUCCUUCGGGCUCUAAGACGCCGUGUUGGUCGCAAGGAACGCUGGUGGCUUUCUUGACGGACGAUGAAUGCCAUGUGGUCGACAUGCAAGCUGCGAUUGAGAAGACCUCGGAGCCUUCCCUUGUCAAGAAGUACAAGCGACCAACGCAGGCAAAAGCGCCAAAAGCACAAAUUAAGAGGUCGCGGACAGAGCCCAAGGAGCCCAGCCAGUUGGAGAGUUUUCUCGAGCACCGGAAGGACUUCUUCAUAGCCGCAGCAUGGUCGCCCUUGGGCCACAGGGGUUCCCUGUUGGCGGUUCUUGAUUCUGGAGGAAGACUAUGUGUCCUCGCGCCCUGCGACAAUUCUGGCUUUUCUGAGAGUGAUGGACCUCUGGACCUCGAAGAAAGUGCUCUAGUUGACCUGAGUGAAGACUUCCUUGAAGCGACGGGAGCAGAAUCUCGGGCUGCUGUUCUUGACCUAUGCUUCUGGCCCUCCCCUUUGUGCAUUGGCAAGCAGGAAGUCGCUGAAGCUGCUGCUCUCCUCUGUGCUUGUAGAGGCUCGUCCCUGGUGAUUUGGAAGCUCGGUCCAAGGUUUGCGGAGAAUUGCAAAAGCGGCAAAGGCUCUCGGCUGAAGCACAUUGCUCUUGAGCCAUCAGUGGAGAUCACGGCCGUUGCCGCAUCCUCUAUCUGGCAAGCUUCGGACGGGAGCUUGCUUAGUCUGUUGGCCAUUGCCAGCAGCAAGGGGCAGGUUCAUGUCAAAAAGGUCACCGUGCAUGGCGAUGGCUCCUUGUCCAUCGCUCCUCUCUGCAAGACUCCUGUUCUUGAAGUGGUCAACGCGCCCUUCUGUGUUGGGCGUGUUGGGCAAAUCGCCCUUCUGACCGAUGCAUGGGAAGAAGUCGAGGUGUACCUUGCAGUGGGGCAUGGAGUUCUUGUCUCUGCUGCUGUGGUACACUGCAACAAGGAUGGGGAUCUGAAAGGUGUCUCAGCAUAUGCGGCCAGUACACCGUGCCACGCGAUCCCAGUAGUGUCUGUCUUGUGCGCGGCAGCUGGCAUUCUGAACUCUGCCCACGACUCAGGUUACUCCAACUCUUGGCGUGCAGACGUUCUCUCUAUGGAUUCCUCUGGGCACGCUGUUCUCUGGCAGCUUCCGAGCAAGAGAAGCGGAACGCUGAGUCCUGGCAGGCUUUGCAGCCUCGUUCCCGGCAGCUGGCAGAACUGGCUGACGGCAGUGGAGCAGAAGGCUCUGCGACUGGACGCACGUAUGGUGAGGGCUGCAGCGCGAGAGCGAGAGGCACGCAAAGGGAGCUCCCUGUUCUGUGGUCUUGCUAUGUCACCUUCUCACUGCAUGCUGGCGCUGCAGUCCAUCACCGUGUCCGAAAGGACAACGCAGCAGCGAACAGCAAGCGCGCUGUUAGUUACUCCGGUGGGAAGCCCGCUGCAUUCCUUCAAUUCCAUGCUGAGAAGUCUGGUUCAGGCACUGCAUCAGAGUCAGCUUUCCUUCUUCUAUUGUAGCCUUUGGGAUGUCGCGGAGUCCUGGCAAAUACAGACGCAGAGAAAAUGCACGGACCUUGACCUUGUUUUCAAAUCUCCAAAAGCAAGCUCAAACAGCUCGGACUUGAUGGAACUGUGCCUCGAGCAGAUCUGGGACUUAGCUGACAUCUUCGAAAAGGUAGCAGCAGCAUCAGAGCAAAAAGCAGACGCGGAGAUGACAUCUUUGCUGGACAGGACAUCCGCGGCCAGCCUUCACAAAAAAGCUCUGAAAGGCUUUGUAUCGAAGAGCCUUGCAGAGCGCCGGCCGCUUUCCGAUGGGACCGAGACACAGCGCCUCCUGGAUCGGCUCAUGCACCUCGUUGUCAAAGACAGCAAAGGCAGCAAAGGCCUCAACAGCCACCGUGCCCUCGGGGAUGCGGGAGAUGUGGUCCGAUGCCAGGUGCAGAACGCCUGCCUCGAAUUUGCGCGGUUGGCCAUUACUUCACGUCGGAACGAGAGUCGGAUCGAGAAUCACAAGAAGGAAGGCGCGAAAGAGAAUGGGCAAAAUGCUGCCUGCCAUUCCCUGCGCUCGCUAAUGGAAGCAGCGACCCAAGAGUACUGGACAAGCAGGCUCGCCAAGCUAGCUAAACCUCAGACACCCUUGGGUCCGCCAACGAAUCUCCUUGCAUUUCUCUCCGACACAGACACCCAUCAGCAAAUGUUGCGUCGCAAAUGCAGGGUGUGUCAACAAGCAGCGCUCCCCCACCCAUGGCUCUUGGAGGUUUCUUGCGGUGCACAUGGACUACCGCUUUGCCAGGAAACCCUUCGUCCGCUCUUGAUGGAGCCUCAUGCUCUCUGUGGGUUUUGCGGGCGAUGCACGGAAGGGAGGAAUACUGUCUCGGGUCGCCUGGGCCUUUGCGCGUGGUGUGCUGCACCGACGUAA